UGGUAAAAUAUAAUAAUAUAGCGAAUGUUACAUUACUUUUGUAAACUCAUUUUUGGGCCACUGAUUAAUUUGACUGAAUAAUAACCUUUUCAAACAAAAGGCGUUAAAGUGAUUUGCUUUUGCAUUCACUGCUUCUAAUCUUGUCUGCAUUUACUAUAUUCACGAGUUUAUCCUUUUUCAAGGCGAUAACGUUGAAAGAGUUUAAAUAACAAUUGAUUACAUUAAUUAACGAGCACGAAAUCACUCCCAGAGAGAGGCGAAGAAUGACACCUUCAACGGGACUCCGCCUCUGCGGCUCUGUGAUUGGUCAGGAGUUCAAGGGGGGCGGGGAACCACGCCUCUGCCCGCUUGUGGCUGGUGAGAAGAGGAAUGGGCGUGGCUUCGUCUCUCGUAUACAUAUAAAUGUUGAAGGUGCGCCGCUUCGUCUCGCCAGUAUUUUUGGUGGGAAGCAGGGCGUGGUGAUUAGGCAGAUGUGCACCAGUCGGAUUUUCUGCAAUCAUAACAUCUUUCAUAUAACUUUAAUUGUUUUACAUCGAACAGAAAGGACGUGUUUGGACUCCUCUUCACAGCCGUCGAGAGACUGGUGUCAGAUCCACAGCAGGGCCAGGAGAUGCGUCUGCACGUGGGCCUUUAACUAACUGGAGUUGGACUGGACCAGACGUGCGACCGCACUCGGGUCCACACUUUGCUUCGGACUCCAAGCCUCCGCGCUCCAGGCCCUUGCUUUCCACGGCUUCCACAGCUUCCAUCCGCGGAACGCCCCCUCGCGGCCGGCAAUGGCAUGUCACCUGCUCGAGUCGUGCCACCUGCUCCUCGCGCUCUGCCUGCUGCCCAGGUGUUGCGGCGCCGGCGCUGCCGCGGAGCGCACGUGCCAGGAGAUCACGGUGCCGCUCUGCAAAGGGAUCGGCUACAACUACACGCACUUGCCGAACCGCUUCAACCACGACACGCAGGACGAGGCGGGUCUCGAGGUGCACCAGUUCUGGCCGCUCGUGGAGAUCCAGUGCUCGCCGGACCUGCGCUUCUUCCUCUGCAGCCUCUAUACGCCCAUCUGCCUCGAGGACUACAAGAAGCCGCUGCCGCCGUGCCGCAGCGUGUGCGAGCGCGCGCGCUCCGGCUGCGCACCCCUCAUGCGCCAGUACGGCUUCCCGUGGCCGGACAGGAUGCGCUGCGAGCUUCUGCCGGUGCAGGGCGCCGCGGACACGCUGUGCAUGGACUACAACCGGAGCGAGCCCACGAGCGCUCCCCCCGUGCUGCGGGGGCCCACGGAUCGCCCUGGCGGGAACCGCGUGGUGCCGGCGUCGGCCUGUGACCCCGGGUGCCGCUGCCGCGCGCCCCUGGUGCGCGUCACGGACGAGCGCCACCCGCUGUUCAACCGCGUGCGCACAGGCCGCGUGGCCAACUGCGCCAUGCCAUGCCGGAGCCCGUACCUGACGGAGGAGGAGCGCCGCUUCGCCGCUUUCUGGGUGGGUCUGUGGGCGCUGCUCUGCUUCCUGUCCACGCUGCUCACCGUGGCCACCUUCCUGCUGGACACGCGCCGCUUCCCGUACCCGGAGCGCCCCAUCGUCUUCCUCUCCGCCUGCUGCCUCUUCGUGUCCGUGGGCUACCUGGUGCGCGUGGCGGCCGGCCACGAGCGGGUGGCGUGCGGCGGCGGCGGCGGCGGCGGGGACGCGCCAGAGCACGUGCUGUACGAGACGACGGGCCCCGCGCUCUGCACCGUCGUCUUCCUGCUCGUCUACUUCUUCGGCAUGGCGAGCGCCGCCUGGUGGGUGGUCCUGUCCCUCUCGUGGUUCCUGUCCGCGGGCAUGAAGUGGGGCAGCGAAGCCAUCGCGCGCUACUCGCAGUACUUCCACGUGGCUGCGUGGCUCGUGCCCAGCGCCAAGUGCGUGGCCGUGCUCGCGCUCAGCUGCGUGGACGGGGAUCCCGUGGCCGGCAUCUGCUAUGUGGGCAACCAGAACGUGAACGCGCUGCGGGGCUUCGUGCUCGCGCCCUUGGUCAUCUACCUGUGCCUGGGCAGCGCGUUCCUGCUCUCUGGCUUCGUGUCACUCUUCCGCAUCCGCAACGUGAUCAAGGAAGGGGGCGCGCAGACGCGCAAACUCGACCGGCUCAUGGUCCGAAUCGGCCUCUUUGCGGCGCUCUACACGCUGCCCGCCGCCGUCAUCGUGGCCUGUUACCUGUACGAGCAGCACAACCGCGCCGCGUGGGAGGCGAGUCUCAGCUGCGCGUGCCCGUCGGAGCGCAAGGAUGAGGGGGACGCGCGGGAGCCGCGCUACGCCGUCUUCAUGCUCAAGUAUUUCACGUGCCACCUGGUGGGCAUCACGUCCGGCGCGUGGGCCUGGUCCGGCAAGACGCUCGAGUCCUGGCGCGCGCUGUGCACGCGCUGCUGCUGGCGCAGCAAGGGCACGAGCGCCGGCUCUGCGUACAGCGACGUCAGCGCCGGGCUCACGUGGCGCUCGGGCACCACCAGCUCGGUCUCGUGCCCCAAAGUGACACCGCUGUCUCGUGUCUGACAUGCGACCGUGUGUGAGAUGUACGAUAUAAACUGUGUGUUAUAUGAUGUACUGUGUGUGUGUGUGUGUGUGUGUGUGUGUGUGUGUGUGUGUGUGUGUGUGUGUGUGUGUGUCCGGCGUCAGACGGGUUUCAUUCAUUGUAAUAAUAAACUAUUUAAACAUGUCCUGUACAGACUUGUAAAAGUAUAAAACUUGACUGUAAAUUUUGAUAAAGCCGUGAUAUAAAAAUAUAUAUUUUAUUUUCACAAAUAAACUGG